UCCUAGGUGACGACACUUCCUGUUGUCAUUCGGCACGUGUUGUGUGUUGAUCAUACAUUCGAAGGGAAGAUUUGAUAAAGUCUUGUCUUUACGUAAUAUCCUACGGCAAUGGGAUUGUUUUCUAUAAAAAGCAAGAAGCAAUACGUCAAAAAAGGGGGUCGGAGGAAAAAGGGUUAUGUUCCUCGUAACCGAACAGAGAAGAAAAAGCAGAAGAGGAACACAAGUAACAAGGUUCUUGUGGAGGAUGAGGAGCUGAUGAGCAGGGAACAGCUGCAGAAGAAGCUGAAGAACAGGAACUGCAGUAUAACAGUAUCUGGGAAGCGAAGAUCAAAGAUGUUGAAACGUCUCCGUCACACAGUAAAAAAUGACAGCAAGUUCGUACAAGACGAAGUUGAAAUGGAGGAAGAACCCCAACAGAAGAAGAAGACAAAGAAGAGCAAGAAGUCGAAGGAAGUUGAUAUGGAGGAAGACUUGUAGUCUUGGGGAAGAGGAAGAUACUGCUGGAUUUAAGCCCAUCUGAUUCACUAUCAUAAUUGCAAAUUAGAUAAUGUUUGUUUUUGAAAUGUAAUUCAGUUCAUGGAAAAUACCUUUAUAUCUGGCAGAGUAAGGACACACAAAUGCUGCUUCUCCUUGAGGAAACGAGUGGUUUUAACUCUCGGUGUGGCAUUCAUCAUAGCACCAGUAUUCAUCCACUAGCACUCCACUCCAGUGGGAUGGAUCUGGGGUAGAAUUGGUCUUCAGCAACCCAUGCUUGCCGUAAAAGGCAACUAUGCUUGUCGUAAGAGGCGACUAACUGAUCAGGUGGUCAGGCUUGCUGACUUGGUUGAUGCAUGUCAUCGUAUC